UCGCCCGAGAGAAAAGGGGAGAGAGAGAGAAAACAAAAAGUCUGAAAAGAUCUGCGCGCCUCCAGUUACGUUUGUUUGGCCCCAAAAGACGUAAUGGAAGUUUGUGACUGAAAGAGAAGGCUGAAAGCACCCUUCUGCUUCUUCUUUUUCUCUUUGUCUUGAUGUUUUUUUCGGGUUUGAGUUCGGAGCGGCUCACACGUCGGCUCGACGACUUUGUGCGUGUGCGUGUGUACGCGAUGCCCCCGGCGGUGGUACCGGUCCCGGUUCCCUUUGGGUGGAAACACCUUUGACAGUCCACCCCAGAACCAGAAUCAGAGAGCCGAACCAGCGGCAGAAGGAUCCAGACUUGAGCCAACAUGUCCUCCGAGCUGCUGGGGGGUUUCAUCUUCAGGGUGCUGCUGCCCCUCAGCCUAACUGCAGCCGCUUUACUGCGUUUUAAUGGCUUCUCGCUGGUUUACGUCUUCCUGCUGCUCCUGCUGCCCCUGGUGCCCGAACCCAGCAGAACCUCCCUCAACACAGGGUGUUGUUAUGAUUGGUUUCCUAGGCAACAGCAGUCGCUGCGUGACAGCAGUUUGCGUCUCCAGCUUCCUCUUCCUGCUGCUGCAGACUUUCUUCCAGAUUACCACCGCGACCCUCGCACCCGAGUCCAACUGCACGUCCUGGCAGAAGGCGUUGAGUCAGCUGGGCUUAGUGAGUCUGAUAGGAAGUGACGCGGCGUCCGCCGUGCGACACAUCCUUCCAGAUGUCGGCGUGCUGCUGGUUGCCCUGCUGACAUGGAGGCUGAGCCUGAGAUUCAGCCCGGAAACACACGCACAGGAUUCCCACGUCUUCCACGAGGAAGGAGAGAGAACCGCGAGGAGCCGAAUUGUAGCUGAACUGGAAGAACUGGUCAGCAAGACCAGGACCGUGCUGGCAAACGUGAUGACGAGCGGAGGGAAAAUUCUGCUUACAGUUUUGCUUGGACUCACUGGUGUGGUGCUGCCGUCCCUCUCCUCCCUCCCCUACCUGCUUUCUUUCCAGGUGGUGUGUACCUGGUGGGCUUGGAGCGGCCAGGCCCCCCAUCUGCUCUUCAGGUGUUUGUCGGUGAUGUCGCUGACGUAUUCCGCCGCCCACUUCCUGCUCGUCUACGCUUACCAGCUGCCACCGCUGCAGGAGGCGUGGCUUCCUAACCAUACCUCCGCCAGCGUGUUCGGCCUGGUGCCUCUGGUGUCGGUGGACUGUGCUGCCCCCUGGAGGAUGCAAGUGAACCUGCAGCUCAGCUGGUUUCACUUUGUCAGCCCUUUGACGCUCAUCGUGCUCUACCACGUCAUUGCCAGCCUGCGGAGGAACCAGCUGCUGGAUGGCGGAGGGGCGCAGAGCAGAGACAAAAUUAACUCUUUGGUCGCUGGCAGCUGUGAGAUCAGCAGUGACAUCAUUGCCACCACCGAUGAGGUCACUGGUUAUGAUGUAAUCAGUAAUGAUGUCAGCAGUGAUUAUGACAUUGGAAAUGAUGUCAUCAGCGAUGACGUAAUCUGUGAAGUCACAGCACAGAGGCGGCGAGAGCUGUGGAGUAAAGCUCAUGACAGGCGCAACUACAGAGAUUUUCUGGAUUCUUCAGUCAUGGAUAGUCCCUCAGAGUCUUUGGCCCUGCCCACACAGAGCAUUGCCUUGGAGUUGGACACGCCUCACUACUCCUUCAGCCAAUCAGGAGAAACGUUGGAGACGUGUGUGUUUGAAGGCGACGCGGCCGGAUGGGGCGAGGAUGGGGAAGCGCGACGAGGAUCUGGCGUGGCUUCCGUGGCGUUGGCCUUCCUGCUGAAGCAGAGUUACAUCGGCGCGUUGAUGGCCAUGAUGGCCUGGUCCAUCACGUACGUGUCGUGGCUAACGUGCGUGCUGCUGCUGUGGUCCUGUGCUCUGUGGAUGACGCGCCAGCGCCGGCGCUACACGCUGGCGUCCUCGCCGUGGUUGGUCGCCUACGGCAACCUGCUGCUUGUCCUGCAAUACAUCUUCAGCUUCGCCGCUGUCCGCCAGGUCCCAGGUCUCUUUCCCAAAAAGGACGACCCCUGCAGGGAGCUCGCCUCCAAGAUUGUGUGUCUGCUGACCUUCUGGCUGCUGUUGCGUCAGGCUCGCACAGAGAAGGGAGAUACCCAGACCAACCCGCAGCUGUCCACCAUCAGCGUCCACGUGGACGAAGAGGAGAGGAUGGAAGAGAUUUCCUAUGAGAAGCUUCUUCUGAUGAAAGGAGGAGUUCAGAUGGAUGCUCUGGUUGCCGUGGUUACCAGGAUGUUUGUCAAAUACUGGAUCUACGUGUGUGGCACCAUGUUUUUUUUCGUCAGUUUUGAAGGCAAAUUGGUCUUGUACAAGGUCAUCUACAUGGUGAUGUUCCUGUGCUGCGUGGCUCUCUACCAGGUAGCAGCCGCUCGCCAUGAUUCCAGCCUCUCUUUUGAGAAGGUGGACAAGCUUGUGAUGCCAAGCCUUCUUCCGUCUCUGCAGCUGAACUACGAAAAGUGGCGAGCCUUGUUGCGAGGCUUCUGGGUAGCUGUGGUGGUUUAUUCCAUGUUGGUCCUCCUUCUGGUCUACACCUUCCAGUUCCCGUCAUCCCUGCACACCUGGACCUACUACACUGGACUCAGCACUCAUAGGUUGGAGGAUCUGGGUUUGGAGAAGUUCUCGGUUCCAGCCCUCUUCACAAGGAUCUUCAUCCCCACAGCUUUCCUGCUGGUAUGUAUUGUUCACCUGCACUACUUCCACGAGCCCUUCCUCCAGUUGACCGACCUCAAAACUGUGGUGGACACGCACAACAGCACUAUCACAAGGUUGGUCCACUCUGAAGGCAGUCUUGUGGACAUGUCAGUGGGAGGAGCUUGUCAGCUCUUGGCGGAGCACAAAACAGGAGUGGCGUUGAAAAAAGAGGAGGAGGCCGAGGAGAAGUGGAGACAUGAAGAGGAGGAGGAGAAGGAAGAGGAGGAAAAGACAUACCCCUGCACAUUUGAGGAGGAGAGCUUGUUGGACCCCAUGGCAGUGUUGGUGUCGUGGAGGUUGGUGGUGGACCGUCUGUCUGUCUUGUUCCUGCGCCUCCUCUUGUCUCUGCAGCGCCUGCAGCGCCUCCUCUGGUGGCUACUGGAACUUCACAUGGUGAAAAUCAUAGCCUCCUACAUGAUCUGGAUCUCGGUGAAGGAGGUGUGUGUGUUCAACCUGCUGUUUGUGGCGUGUGUGGGUGUGGCUCUACCCUGCAGGGCCUGGCGCCCCCUGCUGGCAGGAGUGUGCACUGUGUGGACAUGCGUGGUAGCUAUUUGUAAGAUGUUGUACCAGCUCAACAUCAUCCAGCCCAACAAGUCCAACUGCAGCUUGCCAGGUAACUCCACUAUCAACGUGUCUACCUCGGUAUUGUACGCUGCUCCGAUUGACCCUGCCCAGUGGGUGGGGCUUCGCAAAUCUGAGGGAAAGCUGCUGGACUACUUGCGGUACAACUUGAUGAUGCUGGCGCUGUUAGCCUUCGAGGUGACCGUUUACAGACACCAGGAACUCUACCGUCUCCGCUGCAACAAAGUCCCGCCUCCAACCAGAACUUUGUUCCAUGACAUCAGCAGGCGUCACUUGGACCAAAACGUGCUGAGCUGCACCAAAUACUUCCUCAAUUACUUCUUUUACAAGUUUGGCCUGGAGAUGUGUUUCCUGUUGGCGGUCAACGUGAUCGGGCAACGGAUGGAUCUGUUCGCCGUAGGCCAUGCCUUUGGCCUCAUCGGCAUCCUAACCAGGCGCAGCAGGAAGCGAAUCAGUGUGGUGUGGCCAAAGUACUGCUACUUCCUGUCGGCGCUCUUGUGCUUCCAGUAUCUGCUGUGCAUCGGAUUCCCGCCUGCUGCCUGCAAAGAUUACCCAUGGCGACCCCCAACAUCCAACAUGGACUCCAACGUGGUGAAAUGGCUUUUCCUGCCAGAUCACCUGACUCCCCCAAACCCACUCUUCCUCCUCUACGACUUCCUGCUUCUGCUAGGCGCCUCGCUGCAGCUCCAGGUGUUUGAGGACGAGCGCGACGCAGUCGUCCAAGCUCUGGCGGGGGACAAUGCCGAGCUGGAUGUAGAAGACAGACACGUCUGGGAUCCAAUCAGUAGGCUCCAUCUCAGCACUGUCCCUGACUUCAUGCUGUGCAGGUCUUACCUGGAUAUGAUGAAGAUCAUCAUUUUCAGCUACAUGUUCUGGUUUGUCCUCACUAUCAUCUUCAUCACUGGGACCACCAGGAUCAGCAUUUUCUGUAUGGGCUACCUGGUGGCGUGUUUCUAUUUCCUGUUGGUGGGCGGAGACCUGCUGCUUAAACCCGUCAGCUCCAUCCUGGUUUAUUGGGACUGUCUGAUCGGCUACAAUGUCUUCGUCAUCACCAUGAAGAACAUUCUGUCCAUCUUGGCGUGCGGUUUCAUCAAGUCGCUGGUUGUCAACCACUGCUGGCUGGUUCAGCUCUUCAGCCUGGCCUGCACCAUCCGAGGAUAUGCCAAACCGGAGCAGCAGAGCAGUAAACAAUGCGAACUGCCCAGCGACGAGGCGGGCAUCAUCUGGGACGGCGUCUGCUUCUGCUUCCUCUUACUGCAACGGAGAGUCUUCAGGAGUCACUACUUCCUCUACGUGGUCCCGGACCUGCAGAACACACAACUGCUGGCCUCCAGGGGGGCGGAGCUCUUUGAGGCAUCUACCGUGAAAGCGGUGCGAGCCAGACUGGAGGUGGAGAAGAUGUCCAUGGACCUGCUGAAGAAACAGAUGGAGAGGAUUAAAUGUCGCCAGCAGAAGUUCCGCAGAGGAAAAGAAAAAAUCCUCAGUUUGACCCAAAAGAGCUUCCAUAGUGGCGCACGGGAAAAGACGAAAGGGAGAGCGCAAGGGGAUUGGUGGAGACCGUGGGUGAACCAUGCCUCCAUGGUGAGGAGCGGAGACUACUUCUUGUUUGAGAGCGACAGCCAGGAAGACGAAGACGACAAAAAGGAAGAAGAGAAAGAGGAGGAGGAUGAGGAUCAUGACAAAUCUGCCUUUCAGUUUGUGUACCACGCCUGGAUAACGGACUCCAGAACAGCCAUGCGAGCUCGUCACAGCCAGAAGAAAGGAAAAAAGCAGAAGCCGAAGUCGUCGUCAUGUGAGCAAAGCGGAAGAGAGGAGACGUCAGCGUGUGGUGCUACUGAGGUGACGGACGACUUGGAGGAAGAUGCCGCGGAGCCCAAGGAGGAGGGACCAGAUACGGUCCUGCACCGGGCCUCCAACAUCAUUCGCUUUUGCUGGGUUCUGUUGUCGGCUCUGCUGGACUCGCUGACCACUUGGCUCUGCGGUUUGUGUCGCGAACACGUCGACAUCUCCACCGUCCUGCGCAUCGAGCGCUGCAUGCUGACCCAGCAGGCCAAGCAGGGUCAAGUGCCGUCCAGAGAGGCUAUCCACGUGUACUACCAGGAACAGAUGAUGAGGACUUCCGGAGAAUUGGGAACGGAUUUGAGUGCUCCCGAGGAAGAGGGCCGGACGGCGGAUUUGGACGAAAAGGAGAGCCCGGGAGUAGGGAGUGGACCCGCACUCUCCUCCGGAGAUGAAACUGAAGCUGACCCCUCUGCGAGAGAGGACUGUCCGGAGUGCUUUGUGGCCACAAGCAGCCAACGACUCAGAGCCAAACUGACCAGGAUGAAGACAGUCACGUCGUCCAUGCCUUCGUCCUCAGAUGAAGACGACUGCAGGGCUGCCUCCCCCUCCUGUCAGGUGUCCCCCCUUUCCUACAGCCAUGCUCUGGGUCUUGACAUCCAAGACCAGGAAGAUGAGAAGGACGACUCCAAAAAGAGAAUGCGUGGGGCGGGGUCAGGAUUGCAAAGGCAGCUGUUACUUCAGAAGCCUGACUUCCUGUCUAGAUGCACCUCCACUUCCUGUCUGUUGGCAUCUCGUCCUCAGGAGCUGACAGCGAGCGAGCUGCUGAAGAACAGGACUUUCCACAAUGUGGAGCUGGAGGCAUCAGAUGCUUUCUAUAGCAACCAACCCCAGCUGCUCCAGCUAUGUUACGCCUUCUACAAUAUUCUCGCUGCCAGGUCAGAGACAGUGUGUUACCUGGUCAUCGUCUUGAACCACAUGGUGUCUGCCAGCUGUCUCACUUUGGUACUUCCUGUUCUGGUGUUUCUGUGGGCAACUCUGUCUGUUCCCCGACCCAGUAAAACCUUCUGGAUGACGGCAAUCAUCUAUACUGAGGACUGUCUCCAUCCUCAGGUCACCAUCGUGAUCAAGUAUUUUUUCCAGUUUGGGUUCUUUCCCUUCAACCAGAAAUUAGAGGUAGACCGUUCCAAACCCUUCCACCCGCCUAACAUCCUCGGGGUGGAGAAGAAGGAAGGCUACGUUCUGUAUGACCUGCUGCAACUGCUUGCUCUGUUCUACCACCGUGCCAUACUCAAGUGCCAUGGACUUUGGGACCAGACCGUCUCCACUGACCCUAAACAUCACCAUGACAACCAGGCAGAAUUUAGUCCAGGUUGCACCCCCACCGACUCAGCACGCUGGCGUGACGGCAGGCAGGCCCGCUCUAGCUCCACCCAUUUGUGCUCUCCUGCAGGCAGCCUGAGUUCAAUAGAACAGCUCGGCAAGUUGGACUUACUGCUGGAAAAACUUAUGGAACUUUCCAUCCGGAGCAAGCAGUACUGUGUUAGCAGGAGCAAGUCUCUUUACGGUCCAGUCUGUCAGUUCUUCCAAGCUCUGGUCGAACCAGAAUACAGCGCCGUCACAGACGUUUAUGUCCUCAUGUUCCUGGCAGACACCAUUGACUUCAUCAUCAUCGUCUUUGGCUUCUGGGCCUUUGGGAAACACUCCGCAGCCGCCGACAUCACUUCCUCCCUUUCAGAGGACCAAGUUCCUGAAGCAUUCUUGGUCAUGGUUCUGAUCCAAUUCGGUACUAUGGUGAUAGACCGAGCUCUGUAUUUAAGGAAGACCGUGUUGGGAAAGUUGGUCUUUCAGGUGAUUUUGGUGUUAGGGAUCCACUUCUGGAUGUUCUUCAUCCUGCCAACUGUCACCGAGAGACGCUUCAAUCACAACUUGGUGGCUCAGCUGUGGUAUUUCAUCAAAUGUAUUUACUUCGGCUUGUCAGCCUAUCAGAUUCGCUCAGGUUAUCCGACGCGUGUUCUAGGGAAUUUCCUGACGAAGAGCUACAACUACCUCAACCUUUUCCUUUUCCAGGGUUUCCGCUUGGUUCCGUUCCUGACUGAGCUGCGGGCGGUGAUGGAUUGGGUGUGGACUGACACCACUUUGUCCUUGUCCUCCUGGAUUUGUGUUGAGGAUGUCUAUGCCCACUGCUUUGUCUUAAAGUGCUGGAGAGAGUCUGAGAAGGUCCAGAGUUACCUCAAAAACAGAAGCGUGAACCUCCAAAGCCCUAAAGUCUUUUUUUACUCUGGUCUUCAGCGAUACCCUCAGCCUCGUGGUCAGAAGAAGAAACGAGUGGUGAAGUACGGGAUGGGAGGUUUGAUCGUUCUGCUGCUGAUCUGCAUCGUCUGGUUUCCUCUGCUCUUCAUGUCCCUUAUUAAGUCUGUGGCUGGUGUUGUCAACCAGCCACUAGACGUCUCUCUGACCAUCACUCUAGGAGGGUUCCAGCCAAUCUUCACUAUGAGUGCGCAGCAGAAUCAGCUGAAAGACCUGACAGAAGAGGACUUCAGAGCCUUCCUUAGUUCCUACAGUUACACCCCUGGUGCUUUGCAGUUUCUGGAAGCGUACAGUCAUGAGGAUGUGACGGUGGCAGAGCUGCAGGGUAGCAGUAACUCUCUGUGGACCAUCAGUCCGCCAAGCAGGCGAUACCUGAGCGAGGUGCUCAACCUGGACCACUUUCCCCUGACCUUGUCCUGGACUGUUCAGAGGAACUUAAGUCUUGGAGCAAAGGCAGAGCUUGCCUCAGGUAAAUAUGUGACCUACCUUAAUGAUCAGACUCGUCUGGAACUGAUCCAGCUGCUGAAUGGUACCAGAACACUUCCUGUCGUGAUUGACGGCGUGUUGCCAUCUUUCUUACGAGCUCCCAGUGAUUCCAACGCCAAACCCAUUGAGCAGCUCUAUGCAGACGGCUGCUACAAGGACAUUUUGUUGUCCCUGGAACGAACACCCAAUGAGACCCAAGAGAUUCAGGAGUGGUGGAUUGUCGACCAACCAGCUUCCAGCCUUGUACAUUUGGGAGGUAGAGCUUCAACAGACAACAGGAGAGAGGCGGGGCUUCAGAUCUUCGUGUUCAGCGAUAAAGUCAGCCCGCCGAGUCUCGGUUUCCUGGCCGGAUAUGGCAUUAUGGGAUUGUAUGCCUCCGUGGUGUUGGUCAUCGGGAAAUUCGUACGGGAAUUUUUCAGUGGAAUCAGUCACUCCAUCAUGUUUGAGGAGCUGCCCUGCGUUGACCGCAUCCUCAAGCUGUGCACCGACAUAUUUCUGGUGCGAGAAACGGGCGAGCUGGAGCUCGAGGAGGAGCUUUACGCCAAACUCAUCUUCCUGUACCGAUCGCCAGAGACUUUAAUCAAGUGGACCAGACGCUGACAGACUGCUGUAACGUCACCCACUGUCAAGUCAACAUGAUGUCAUUGUGACAUCAUCCACUCUUAAUUGAACGUGACGUCACUGUGAUACAUUUCAAUGUUACAGCUCAGGUGGGAGUCUCGCGACGGGACGUUUGCUGGCUCAAUUUCCACUUUCCUUGUCAAACCACGAAAGCUCUCCAGAUGACCUCGAGGUCUUUUUCCAUACAUCCCUCAGAAAUAUGUUCAUGAUGUAACAAUGCGGAACUGGAAACAAAAGGAAUGUUGAUGGACCCUUUUCCAUUUGCUGUUUAGGCACUGAAUUGGUUAAAGUAAAAUCCUAAGGCUGAAAUGUCAAUAAAUUGUUUAGAACUGAAAUUCUACUUAUGAAGAAGGUGACGUCGAGUGAACCUGCGCGCACGCACACACGAGGGAUCUAGUGGGCUCUACCUCAUCACUCGACAAAUGUCAGAGUCAAAAUGUUAGGCCUGUCAGAUAAUAAACUUGCAACAACAUUUCUCAAAACACAAUUUUAUUUUUUAGCUACAUCAUUUGUAAUUAGCUCAACAUCUUAUCAUCUUCUGCUAGUCGUGUCGUCAGGAGUCUGUCUCGGCUGCUUAGACCUGCUCAUUC